AUGCGGGAUAGUGUAACACUCGACAAGACGGCGGUUAAGAUGAUCGGGAUCAGGAGCGUGACGGUAUCGAGGAUUUCUGUGAGGGGAUAUGCGCGUGUGGUUUCUAUGCCGAAGGUGAUUCCGAUGGCUAAGGCGAUGGCCAAGCCUAUGGCGAAGCCCAUGAUGAAUACAAUGCAGAAUACCCGUUGGUAUGGGAUAAAAGUUGAGGCAUCUGAAGGUGAGGUUCCGCUGGUGGAACCUUACAAGGUUUUAAACAAGCAGGAGGACAAGGGCUUGAAGAUAGCGGAGAGGGCUGCAAAGAGAUUAAAUGAGAUAUACAAGGAAUCCCAAGAGGUGUUGCGUGUGCUUGUGGAGAGCGGUGGCUGUCACGGGUUUCAAUACAACAUGAAGCUAGUGCCGGAGUCGACGCUUUCCUUGGAGGAAACUGGCAAUUCCGAAAGCAAAACGCAGGAAGAAGUAGUAGAUGAGUUUGCAGAAGGUGCUGACUCGUCUAGUAAAGACGUCAUAUAUAUAGUCUCGGAAGAAGGCGGGAAAGUUGCAAUAGACGAGACUUCGCUCGGGAUACUGAACAACACUACUCUGAACUAUACCACUGAGCUAAUCGGUUCGACUUUCAAGAUCACAGAUGGUAACUUGAAGAGCAGUUGUGGGUGUGGUUCGAGUUUUGAUAUCGAAAAAUGA